GGUUGCCUUCUUCCUGUCAGUCGGAGGAAGGGGGCCCCACAAUUGGUGCUUUGGUUUCUACCACGUUACUUUUGCAAGGUGACCGACCCCGUGUCAGCUUGCUGCCGACUGCGAGAGUGAAAAAUGUUGGAAAGUAACUUCGCAGAGCGCAGUGACACAAGUGAGGAGAAGGUGUCUGGUGCUACAGUUAUCGCGCAGGCCCUGAAAACGCAAAAUGUGGAGUUCAUGUUUGGCAUCGUAGGCAUCCCAGUGUUCGAAAUCGCCUUUGCGGCCCAGCGACUGGGCAUCAGAUACAUCGGGAUGAGGAAUGAGCAAGCGGCUUGUUAUGCUGCCUCUGCGGUUGGGUAUCUGACGGGCAGGCCGGGAGUAUGCCUUGUUGUUUCUGGCCCAGGUCUCGUGCAUGCCUUGGGUGGUAUGGCAAACGCAAACAUGAACUGUUGGCCCUUGAUUGUGAUUGGCGGUUCCUCUGAAAGAAGUCAGGAAACAAUGGGAGCCUUCCAGGAGUUUCCUCAGGUCGAAGCUUGUAGAUUAUAUAGUAAAUUCUCUGCACGGCCAAGCAGCGUAGAAGCUAUUCCCACUAUUAUCGAAAAGGCAGUAAGAAGCAGUAUUUAUGGUCGUCCAGGUGCUUGCUAUGUUGACAUACCUGCAGACUUUGUGAACCUCCAGGUGAAUGUGAAUUCUGUAAAGUACGUGGAGUGCUGCAUGCCACCUCCUGUCAGUAUGGCAGAAACCUCUGCUGUGCAGCUGGCAGCAUCUGUUAUUAGGAAUGCGAAACAGCCCCUUCUUAUCAUUGGGAAAGGUGCUGCUUAUGCCCAUGCAGAGGAGGGAAUCAGGAAAUUGGUGGAGCAAUGUAAAUUGCCAUUUUUGCCAACCCCCAUGGGAAAGGGGGUUAUCCCUGACAACCAUCCAAACUGCGUAAGGGCUGCCAGAUCCAGGGCUUUGCAAUUUGCUGAUGUAAUCGUGUUAUUUGGUGCAAGAUUAAAUUGGAUUUUGCAUUUUGGACUCCCUCCGAGGUAUCGGCCAGAUGUGAAGUUUAUCCAGAUCGAUAUCUGUGCAGAAGAAUUGGGGAAUAAUGUGAGACCUUCUGUGACUUUGCUAGGAGACAUAAAUGCUGUCACGAAACAGCUUUUAGAACAAUUUGAUAAAACACCGUGGCAGUAUCCUCCAGAGAGCCAGUGGUGGAAAACUCUGAGAGAAAAGAUGAAGAGCAAUGAAGCUGCAUCCAAGGAAUUAGCUUCCAAAAAAUCCCCGCUUAUGAAUUAUUACACAGUAUUCUUCUGUGUUCAAGAACAACUACCCAGAGACUGUAUUGUGGUGAGUGAAGGAGCAAAUACUAUGGAUAUUGGACGCACUGUGCUUGAAAACUACCUUCCUCGUCACAGGCUUGAUGCUGGUACUUUUGGAACAAUGGGAGUUGGUUUAGGAUUUGCCAUUGCUGCUGCAAUAGUGGUUAAAGAUAGACACCUAGGACAGCGGGUCAUCUGUGUGGAAGGAGACAGCGCAUUUGGGUUUUCUGGCAUGGAAGUGGAAACCAUCUGCAGGUACAACUUGCCAAUUGUACUUUUGGUGGUGAAUAAUAAUGGAAUUUACCAAGGUCUUGAUGCAGAUACUUGGAACGAAAUGUUAAAUGUUGGAGAUACUACUGUAGUGGCCCCUCCAUCGUGUUUUCUGCCAAACUUACAUUAUGAGCAGAUUAUGACUGCAUUUGGAGGCAAAGGGUAUUUUGUACAAACACCAGAAGAACUUCAAGAAUCCCUGAAGCAAAGCUUGGCAGACACAACUAAACCCUCUCUUAUCAACAUCAUGAUUGAGACACAAGCCACGCGGAAGGCCCAGGAUUUUCAGUGGCUGACUCGUUCUAAUAUGUAAAUAAAGGUGCCAAUCAGUGACCUUGAGGAGUUUUCUCUUUCCUGUAAGAUGGAAUUUUAUUUUCCACGGCAAAAUAACUAUGUUAAAAUUGUUGCGCAAAGAAAAAAAAAACAUUUCUAAAUGACAUUAUAUAGUAAAGUAAUUGAUUAAACACAGAACAAGUUACUAGUAUCCAGCCACAGAGAUAACCAUUCACAGAUGAAAAAGAAAGGGUUUUGUUAAAUAAUAGCGUUGUAACUGCCUAACCACCAAGUUAACAUCAGUAUCCUUUUGAUACAUACAUUCUUAAAGUGACAUAUCUUUUAAAAACAUCUGAAGAAAAAAGCUCCAAGAAUUUUGUAAUGUAGAGGCAUGUUCAGUAAGUCAGAGUACACAGGCUAUUUCUACUUCAUAGUUUAUUUGUUAACUACUUUGUACUUUAGUCUCCCCAGUAUUUAGUGGGGGAUGUUCUAUACUUUUUGAGUUGGGGUUUUGUUUGUUUUUUUUUUUUGUUUUUCUGGAGAGAACUUAUUGAGCCAAAGGAAAAGUCACACCCAAACUAAUAAUUUUAGGGCAUAUUUGAAUUAGCAACCUUAGUUUGUGUGUACCACAUUGAGACCAACAGAGUCAACAGCCUUAAUAUAUAAAGAACGCUUAUAAAUAAAAAUAUUAGUGUACUAUACAACAAUGAGCAAAGGGCAUGAAUGUAUAAUUAACAGGAAAAAUACAAAUGGCCAAUAAAAUUAUGAUCAUGAGUAAUGAAUAUGUUAGACUGGAAAACCGUAUUUUUACCUAUUGAUGCGGCAAAGCACUUUUUAAGUUAUAAUUCUCAGCGUGUGUGAGGGUGAAGUGAAACGGGCACUGCUGUGCUAUGGCGGAAGUGGAAACUGGUGCUAUAUUUCUGUAGAAUAAUUCUAGCAGUGCUUGUUUUGGAAUCUUAAAAAUGUUCAUACCCUAUAACUUUGACCUAGUAAGCCUGUCUAGAGAAUGUAUUCUAAAGAAAUAAUAAAAUACUUGGUCACAUAUGUAUGUAUAAGACCAUUCAGCGUUAAUUUUAGGAACAACCCCAGUGUUUCAUAGUAAGAUCUUGGUUGUAUACAUUACGAUCUGGCAACAUCAUAAAAUAAAAAUUGUGUUACAAUUA